AAAGGGCUGCUUUCCACAGCCUGACUGUGCCAGCUUCCAAAGUUCACUUAUGUAAUUCUCUCCCAAACUGGGUGUUUGUGGCAGCCAAAAGACUUCCUUCCUUCCCACUGUCUUGCACCAAGUUCCCCAGUAUGUGUCUCCAAUAUUCUGCAGCUUGGGUUACGAAUAAAUCACUCUGCAGCUCCUGGCUGACACGCUUAUGAAAUCUCUGCAGAUUCUGUCAAGGGUUGAAAAGUGAGAGACCAUGACCAAGACAGUAGCCAUCGUUGGGGCAGGCGUGAGUGGACUGGCAUCUAUCAAAGGCUGCCUGGAUGAAGGGCUGCAGCCUACCUGCUUUGAGAGGAGCGAUGACAUUGGCGGAGUGUGGCGAUACACAGACUAUGUUGAGGAGGGGAGAGCCAGCCUCUACAAAACAUUGGUCAGUAACACCUGCAAGGAGAUGUCGGCCUUCUCAGACUUUCCGUACCCAGAAGAUUUUCCAGUCUUUUUACCCAGUGCCAGGUUCCUUGAAUAUCUGGGGAUGUAUACAAAACAUUUUGAUCUUCGGAAACACAUUCAGUUCAAGACUGUAGUGAUCAGCAUACGGAAGCAACCUGACUUCUCUACCACCGGCCAAUGGAACGUUGUCACGGAGACCAAUGGGAAGCAGACGUCAGCCAUCUUUGAUGCUGUGAUGGUUUGCAUUGGUUACCUUACCGAUCCUUCUUUGCCGCUCAGCUCUUUCUCUGGUAUAGACCAGUUUAAUGGCCAGUACUUUCACAGCCGAGACUACAAAAACGCAGAGGAAUUCAGAGAUAAAAGAGUGCUUGUGAUUGGCAUGGGGAAUUCUGGAGUUGAUAUUGCAGUGGAUGCCACUCACACAGCAAAAAAGGUGAUGAUCAGCACAAGCAGAGGUGCCUGGGUGAUAAGCCGUGUGUUCGAUAAUGGCUACCCUUGGGACAUGGUGUUCUUAACCCGUUUUAUGAACAUUGUCCGAAAUAGCCUUCCUGCAAGCGUCACGGCAUGGCUGCUUGCGAGCCGAGCUAACCAGUGGUUUAACCAUGCAAACUAUGGCAUAAUUCCAAAAGACAGGUCUGUGAUGAGAGAGCCGGUGUUAAAUGAUGAAAUCCCUGCAUGCAUCAUCACUGGGAAGAUCACUGUUAGGCCCGAUGUAAAGGAGUUCAAAGAAAAUUCUGUCGUCUUCGUAAACACUCCUGGUGCAGAGGAAGUGGACGUGGCUGUCUUUGCCACUGGAUACAAAGCUUCUUUUCCGUUCAUUGAUGAGUCAAUCAUCAAGGUUGAAAAUAAACAUGCUUCGUUGUACAAAUACGUCUUUCCCCCUCAGCUGGAGAAACCCACACUUGCCAUUAUAGGCUUCCUCAGGCCCUUAGGGGCAGUCCUGCCAGUCGUGGAGACCCAAGCACGCUGGGCCACGCGUGUCUUUAAGGGCUUGUGUAAGUUGCCUCCAGUUGACAUAAUGAUGGAGGAGGUCAAUGAAAAGAAGAAAAACAUGCCCAACUGGUUUGGCUUGUCCUUUGAUGAGGUUCUCAAAACUGAUUGCCUGAUAUACAUGGAUCAAAUUGCCUCCUUUAUUGGCAUAAAACCUAGCAUACCAGCAAUACUUCUCAAAGAUCCAGAAUUGGGCAUGAAGAUUUUCUUUGGGCCGUGUUCUUCCUACCAGUACCGUCUGACCGGACCUGGGAAGUGGGAGGGAGCCAGAGAUGCCAUCAUGAGCCAGUGGAAGCGAACCCUGAAGCCAAUAAGAACCCGAGUUGUAGAAGACUCUUCUAACAUCUUUACAUAUAUGCUUGCCAUAUUUGCUAUCUUUGUGGGAAUUUUCUUAAGUUUCAAUUAAUUCUGGCAGAUCUACAGCAGCCUUAGCAUCAGCUUUCUCAGUACAUAUUUUUGAUUAUAUUCUACCUUGCAAAGAAGGAAAGACAAGCCUUUUGAUAAGGGGACCAUACAAAAUUAUAUACACAGCCAAAAUUUUAGACAGAUAUAUUCAGAUAAUGUUAUCUUUUUGUAUCCAAAUUUCAAAAAGAUAGAAGAAACCUUUAACACCAAUAUAUGAGACCAAACUGAAAUCCAUUUGUAAAUUUGAAAAUUAGUUACAGAUCUAAAAGCCAGCUAUUAUAUUUCUUAAUUAAAAUAGUAGCUUUUUGAGAGCCAGUAUGGUAUAAUGGUUAGAGUGUCAGACUGGGGAGAUGGGGGCUUAAAUCCCAAAUGAGCCAUGAAGCUUACGUGAUGACCUUUGACCAAUCACUACCAUUCAGCUUAACCUACCUCACAGGUUUGGUGUGAGAAUGAAAUGAGGAGGGGUUGAGCUCCUUGAAGGAAAGAUGGAAUAUAAGUAUAGUAAAUAAUAAAUCAGGAAUGUUACUUUAAAAUUCAAAACUUUGUAUGCUAAUUCAAAGCCUGAGUUUAAAUGUUCCAACUUAGCAAUUCUCAAUGCAGACUGUUUCUCAUUUAUUUGUUUAUGUGCUAUUUGCACUUCUGUGCACUAAACAAAGACAUUUGCUUUGUAUGCCUUGAAUAUUAUAAAUGCACAGGGCACUAUUUCUAUUCUUACUACAUUUAGGAUAUUAAUUUACUCUGUAAGAUAUAGUGCUAUAGACACAUUAAGAAGGUAGAAGCCAGACUGAAGUAGAUCCAAAGUGUUUCUGGCCCAGAAACCUGUUUCUAACAUCGGACAGCCAGUUGCCUCUGGGAAAUCCAUGCACUGGACAUGAAGGCAAUAACCAUUUCCUGUUGAUUCCACACACCCGAGCAACUGGCAUUCAGAGGUGGAUUGCAUCUGAACCUGGAGGUUUCAUCUAGCUGUUAUGGCUAAUAGCCAUUUGAGGCUGCAGUCCCUAUGUCCACUUUUCCAGGAGCAAGCCCCAUUGAAUUCAAUGGGACUUACUUCUAAAAAGACAUGUAUAGGAUUGUGCUGUCAUAGACCUAUUGUAGUCUCUUUUUUAAAGUACUCUGAGACAAUACAAGAAAGACAUAGGUCUCUUCUCCCAAGCAUCAUGGGUUUUCCUGGGAUUUGGACUUGAAUGCUCAUGCACCCAAUACUCCGAGAAUGGGAGGGUGCUAUUGCAUUCAUGUCCUGCUUGUGGACUUCUCAUAUCUCGUUGGCCACAGUCGGGACAAAAUGCUGGCCUAGAUUUGCCUUGGUUCUGUUCAUAUGUUCUCAGUUCUACAGCCCUUUUAACAAGAAAAACGCUUUACAAAAUUUUGCUUCAGUCUUUUUUAAAUCAAAGAAUAGUUCAACAACUUUGAAUGUCACCAUUUCACAGUAUAUAGCACAUGUUUUCAACUUGUAGAGGUACAGAAAGAAAAGUUAAGGUGAUGACACAUUUCUAUAUGGGGGGAAAUUGAUGUUAAAACAGAGUUGUUUAUUCUAUAAAGAGCCAAAUUUAUUAUAUAAAUAGCCAAAUCAAUUAAUCUUGUUUAAAUUAUAUUAAUCUUUCCAUAAAGUAAUAAAAAUCAACCAAAGUAACACAAA